AUGAUGGCGUGCGGAGGAAAUGAUAUGUCAGAUGAACGGAUCGGCGAAGCACUGAUAAAGGAGGUCAUAGAGGAAGAACUAAAGGAUGUGCGCUCAGAUGAUAUUCCUCCUCUUACUCCACUGGUCGCUGUGAGAAUAAAAAGUAGACAGGAGCAGAACAUUGUGACCCAGUUGGGCAAAAUGAUCCGAAUCAUUGGUGACAGAGUGAAAGGUGACCAGGAGUUCCAGGAUGCAAUUGAUGGUGUAGCCUGUGCGGAAGGAUCUAAGUGGGACAAGUUUAAGGCAGUGGCUGACAAAGUCUUUGAACAAGGCAUUACCUGGGAGAAUAUUGCUGUGCUGUUCUACGUUGCAGGGAAACUAGCACUCAAGAUGGUGGAGGCUCAUUUGCCCAAGUCAGUGAGGGAUAUCCUGAAUUGGACAGUGGAUUUCUUUCGGAAAAACCUGCUCAGCUGGAUUCGGGAUCAUGGUGGAUGGAUUAACAGUUUCUCAGAGCUGGCUACGUCCUCCAUGCGGACUGUGGGAUUGAACUCCCACAACUACACCCUUGUCUUCAUCUUCUGCGGUGGCUUGGCUGUAGGAAGUUGUUUCACCUGGUGGCUGACUAGACGCUGA